CCAGUCUGGUGGAGACACUUUUUUCCAGAGAAGUCUGGUCUUAAUCUCUUCCUCCUCCUCCUCCUCCAUAACCACCACCGCCAACUGCCGGCAACGGCGUAGAGAACAAGCAAGCCACUAAUGAAAGGAAAAAUCUCCCGGUUUUGGGCCGGAUUUAUACUGCUCUUACUCUACGCCCAUAGCUCACUCACAGAUGUCUCUGCUUCAGUCCACGACUAUCGAAAUGAGCGCUUCAUUCCAAAGUCCAACGCCUUCUUCUUCCAUGGCGGCACCGAAGGCCUCUUCGCUUCCAAGCUCAACCACUCCCCUGCUAAUUCCUCCAUUGACAAACCUCUCAAAGGAAAAUCCUUCAUCAGGUUUGAGGAUGUUACAUUUGUGAGGACAAAAGAAUCAAUUGAUAGUAAAAGUAAGAUGCAGAGCAAAAACGGUUUGAUUGAGGCCAUUAUUCUCGAGGUGAAAGACAGGGAGAGCAUCGGGGACGCGUUUUCGAAGUCUAAUGCUAUAUGUUGCACUAAACAGCUUUCUGAGGAUAAGUUCUGUACUGUAGGAGAGGUUAUAAUAAAGAUAAACUCUGAUAACCCGGAGUGGCCGAAACGGAUCCAGAUAUUUUUUGAAGGAGAUAGCCAGGAAGCUAAAAUGGAUCCCCAAUCAGUUGAAAUCAACACUACGGGGAUGUACUAUCUCUAUUUCAUGUACUGUGAUCCACAGCUCCAGGGUACAGUUAUAAGAGGAAGAAGUGUGUGGAAAAACCCUGAUGGUUAUUUGCCUGGGAAAAUGGUUCCUUUAAUGACUUUCUAUGGAAUUGCAUCUUUAGCUUAUCUCGUGCUUGGUUUAUUCUGGUUCCUAAGGUUUGUCCAGUACUGGAAGGAUGUUAUUCAGUUGCAUUCGCACAUUACAGUUGUUAUUGCUCUUGGCAUGGUUGAGAUGGCCCUCUGGUACUUUGAGUAUACGAAUCUUAAUUCUACAGGGAACAGACCAAUGGCAAUUACACUCUGGGCAGUGACAGUUAGUGCUGUAAAGAAGACGUUGUCCCGUGUGCUUCUUUUGGUGGUCUCUAUGGGAUAUGGUGUUGUCAAGCCUACACUUGGUGGUGUAACCUCUAAAGUAUACCUUUUAGCCCUGGUUUAUUUUAUUGCUUUGGAGGCACUUGAACUUGUUGAACACCUGGGGAAUGUCAAUGACUUCUCGAAAAAAACUAGGUUAUAUUUGGUUUUGCCUGUUGCAUUCUUGGAUGCCUGGUUUAUUUUGUGGAUUUUUUCAUCAUUAUCAAAAACACUAGAAAAGCUCCAGGUGCGAAAGAGCAUUGCAAAGCUGGAUCUCUACAGAAAGUUUACCAACUCCCUUGCAAUCUUUGUGCUGCUCUCCAUUGCUUGGGUUGGCUAUGAGCUAUACUUCAAUGCAAGUGACCCAUUAAGUGAGUUGUGGCGAUUUUCAUGGAUAAUUCCUGCUUUUUGGACAGUCCUAGCAUAUUGUUUGUUGGUGGUUAUAUGUGUUCUUUGGGCUCCUUCACGUAAUCCUACCAGAUAUGCACACUCUGGGGACAGCACAGAUGACUUUGAUGAAGAGGCUAUUGCGCUGACAAGCGUGGUGAGGGUGGUUGGCGACACCGGAACCAAGCUCGAAAGGAAGGAAAAGAAGGGGUCCGCGUCAACUGACCACUUAACAGAGCGAGAAGAUCUCGAAGAGGACAAGCGAGAAUAGACGGAUAGUAACUACUGCACUGACCCCGAUGGAUAUCGAGCAUCAUUUUCUUGGUAGCAAGAUGCAAGGUAUCAGGAAACUUUGAUGCAGUUAGUUUAUGUACAGAGGUGGUGAAAUUUGUAUAGUGAAACCUCACAAGUGAAACUUCAAUGACUGAUCCCCUCUCUUGCAUGAUGCCAAUGAUUCAAAUCUCACUUUUCUGUUGCAUUUUA